CCCAUCGGACACACUGGUGAAGAGAGAAAAAAAACACAAAGAGGAUGAGAUGUCAGAUAUUACUUUAUUUACUGUUCCUUUGCCGCAGGUUGAUAAAGAAGGAUGUGACCACCUCAGAGAGGAAACAGCCGACUGUGACACAAAUCCCUAUUUUUAUAAUUCACACAUUAACUGCCUCGGAAACGUGUCACAUAAUGACCACAUGGCUGCAGCUCAGUUCUCUUUUUGUCCUCUUUCAAAAACAUCUGCGGGCUCACCCGUGAGCUGCAUCACUAAUGAAAACUAAAAAUAGCAAGGGGGCUUCCCUGGGAUCACCACAGACUAAUGCCGAGUCACAAACAUUAAGAGGAGAGCAAAUGUUUUCCAGUUAAUGGCCUCCAAAGUCAGAUCUCAGUGUACUCCAGCAUCUGUGGGAUAUGCCAGACAAACAAGUUAUUAAUAGACGCCCCACCCCACAGGACUGAAAAGAUCUGCUGCUUGUGUCUUGGUGAUGAUAACCAGCUACCUGCUAACGUUGGUGCUCAGCUAAACACGUAGCAUGCACAGCAGCUACAUCUGGAGCUUGAGCAGACUGAAUCACAACAAUGAGAUCAAAGCGAAAACAAAAAGAGCUUAAGUCGUUGGGAAAGGCUCACCAAUAAUAAUAAGCACUGUUGCAUGAGCAUACCAUCUGUUUUUCUAGUUCAUGCCUUUAUGUGUAUUGAACAUGGACUGCUGCCUUUACUGAAUGUUGAACUGCAGCAGGUCAAACUGGUUGUGGUUUUGUUAAGGGGCGGGAAACAGUUCAUUUCUCAAAGCAGCAGACGAUAAACAAUACCGAUCAAAUGAUUGUUUUGUUUACAUUUUACAAACAGCAUUAAACCUCCAGCUGUUUUAAGUUGUACCAAGACCAUUACAGAUAUCUCUGUGAGCUAUUUUUUUUUUUUUUAAUUUUCUGGGGUCAGACAUAAAUUCCUGCCAGUUUUGUGGCAGCCAGAUGUCCUCCAUAGAGAAUUUAUACAAAUUACAUGAUGGUACACUUCAGCUAAUUUCAACAAUAAAAAUGUGCAUCUUAAAUGUGCACAUAUUCUAGACUGACCUCUGCAAGAACCAUCCAAAUUGCACUGGGAUGAACCUGAGCCAGUGUUGCCGCCAGUGCAAACAUUAUACCGUGUAUUGAUAAUUACUAUUACUAUUAAUAAUACAUUAAAUUUACAUUUGAUUUAUAUAUUAUAUUAUAUUAUAUUAUAUUAUAUUAUAUUAUAUUAUAUUAUAUUAUAUUAUAUUAUAUUAUAUCCUGAGGGCUGUCAAAAUUAACGCGUUGACGCAAAUUCCACGUCGCGAUUAACGCACGCACGUUCGGGGAUUAUGAACCACCAUUCGACCCGUAGAGAUAGCGAGCAAUCCGGAAGCGUUUAAAAGAGCGCCGUGGAAAGCAAGCAGAAACAAACCUCUUUGAGCAGAAAUGGCUAAAGGAAAGCGUAUUUUGAACGGCAGUUUCACCUUCAAAGUCCUGCCAGAUGGUUCUCUGGACAAUAGCAAAGUCAUUUGCAUUUACUGUCGAUGUGAAAUGAGCUACCAUCGGAGUACGUCGAGUCUCAAAUACCACUUGCGGGCCAAGCACACCGCUGAUACAAAGGACUCCCCUCCCCCACGGCAAAGGAAAACCAGGCACACACGGGACAGUCUGCCACAAAGACGUCUGGACAGCUUCGUCGGCUUGGACCUCAACCAUGAAGACUUGUUUGAGGACGUUCCAUUUCUCCAGACAGCUUCGAACCAGAACUACGUCCCGGAUGCGGUGCUGCCACCUGGAGAGCCAUGGCUCCAUGGGGGCCCUUCCCGAGCAAUGCUGUCCCUGCCUUCCUGUCUGUGUUUACGUGGGGGCAUUGGGUCUGGAGCAUCUGGAUCUUCUGGCGAUGAGUCGACAAAUGAGAUGAAGGUGUACGCCAAGUGUCAUCUUCAGCAAGGCGUUAUGUUUGGGCCUUUUGUAGGAGAGGUUUGCCAGGGACAAAUGCCCAACAACCUCAAAUAUGCCUGGGCUAUCAGGGACGAUGCUGCUUUCAUCUAUGUGGAAGCUACUGAUGAAAACAAAUCUAACUGGAUGAGGUAUGUAACUUAUACCAGCAAUGAGGAGGAACACAACAUGGUUGUUUUCCAGUUUUAUCGCCACAUCUACUACAGGGUUUCCCAGCCCAUCUCGGAGGGAGCUGAGCUCAAAGUCUGGAUCGGCAAGGAUUACGCCACCCUCUUGGGCCUGGGGACGGGUGACAAUGUGAAAUGUGAAGUUGGAGACAAGGAGACAGCCCUGCGCCUCCUUCAAGACAUCCAGUUGGUCACCCUACCAGAGUCAAGCAGCAUUUCCCAUUGGUCAGACCAAAGCCAAUCUCAGAGCCCUAUGCCUGUCAUCAGUGAUGUGACAACGAUGUCACACCGGGAAGCAGCAAGUGAUCCAGCACUGAUGUGUGGCUCUGCCCUUACUUCAACCUCCCUGGUCUCUUUUCCAUCCCCUAACUCUCAUUUGAUGGAAAAGUACGAUUUUCUCCCUGGAACAGAAAAACUGCUCAGUAACCCAACGGCCACGCAAGCCAACCCGUGGUACUUCUUUGGAUUUGAGUCUGACCCAACCGGUAGGCCUCUGGACCGGAGUAUUGCGGUGUGCAAGCUGUGUGUGGAGCAUGUGAGCUGUGCAGGUGGAACAGUGGAUCUUCAAAACCAUCUCACCAACAAGCACCACAUCAGACCACGUGAUAACAAGGAUCGGACUCUGACUUUAGCUCAACAACGCUCUCAGCCAGCGAUGUUGACCAGUGGUUUGGUCAGCACUUUUCCUCUCCUGAUGUCUGCCCAAGUAACCGAUGCCAUCACCAACUUCCUCGUCAUGGAUCUCCAGGCUCCAGUUCUAGUAGAAGGCGAAGGCUUCAAAAAGCUGAUCCAUACACUCCUGCCCUCCUGCAAGGAGCUGCCUUCGCCUUGUCAGCUUGAGAGCCUCCUGAAAGACUACCACACCAAAGGCAAGGCGAGCCUAGCUAAACACCUGAGAAAGAAAACGGGAGGCAUUGACAACGACGAGAUAAGUGAUUACACUGCUCCACUUGACUUUGAGCCCAGAAAACGUGGCCGAGUUCCCAGCAGUCGAAAGGAAGUCACUCACUGUGUCACAUUAAGUGUAGAUAUUUGGGUCCACAAUUGGCAGGGACACACAGAGAGGUACCUCACCCUUUGGGCACACUACAUAGAUGGUAAUUUCAGUUUUCAGAACCUGGCCCUUGUAACCCAAAGACUGACCGAGACUGGAACAAAUGACCUUAGAGCAGUGGAGGCUCAGGUUAGAGUAAUGGCAAAAGAGUGGGGAAUCUUCCAGCCUAAUCUGGUGUUGCUGGGAGGAGAGGGGAAAAACAAAAUGAGGCUGGUGCCGAUAAAGAGCGAGAAGGGUGGAGAUAUCCCUCACCCAAACUCAACAACAUUUCUUGAGAGGGACGACUCUGUUUCACCUGAAGAGCCACAUGCCUUGGAGCAUGGCCAUGCUAGUGAAGGACUUUUGUCGGUCCCGUGUUUUUUCAGUGCUGUGCAGGCCUGUAUUGAGGAAGUGAUGUCACACCCCGUCAUCUCCAAAACCCUAAACCAGUUCCAGGGUAUUCUCUCCACCCUGUUCCUGCCACCUUCUCAGAACAAAGGCUCGUAUCAGCAGAGCCUAAUGCAGGGUCUGACAAAACAAGAACAAGCAGGACUGAAGUCAUGGGCUCACAGCCGGCCAACCUGGAAUACGCUCUACCCUUUAUUGAACACUCUCAUCAGAUAUAGAAGCCUUCUAUGUGACGUGAUAAAUGAAAUCAAAGACGAAGGCAUGUCAAAAGAAUGUACUGCUUCAGAGUCUUGCUCACCUGGCUUCUACCACUCAAACUCCACCUCGUACAGGUCCUCGGCAAGCAUCCUUACUUUGCAUUCUGAAUGGAAAGUUCUGGAGGAGCUGUGUUUGGUCCUCAAACCUCUUGAUGUGGCUUGUCGAACUCUUGCCAAAGAGGUCUUUCCCCGUCUGUCGCUCAUCAAACCCAUUCUCACCGGUUUGCUGUCACGCCACCUUGUGUCCCGUCCAGGCGAUCCAUCGUCCAUCUCGAAGGAGGUAAAGAGGAUGAUGCGGCAGAACUUGGCAAGAUGUUAUGACAACCCCGCUGUAAACAGGGCUCUGAGUGUGGCAUGUUCCCUGGACCCCCAGUUCCAUGGUCUUGGGUUCAUGGAGGAGAAGGAGCAGAUAGACACUUUUGAUUGGUUGAAGAAAGAGGCUGUGAGGAUUGUGAAGGAGGACAGGAGGAAGAGCCAAGGUAAGAAGCAUAGCAAGAGAAGCCCCUCUCCCGAGUCACCAGAGUCAGAGAGUGACGUCCUACGUAGAAGCAAGCGCCUCAAAGAAUCUGGCCCAAUCAACUUCAGAGAAAUUGAGGAUGUUGAGAGUGACAUAGAAGAGGCAGACGAGAGCGAGUUGGCAGACCAAAGCUCUCAGGCAGGGCUCUCUGGUAUGGAGUUUCUGCUGGGAGACCUGUUCUGCCCUGCUCCCAAGAGCAGACAGAGCUCUGUGGAGGAGUCAGUUGACAUGGAGAUGUCCGUCUUCAGGGCCGACAAGGGGGCCUCGUUGGGAGUGGAGCCCCUGCAGUGGUGGAGGACAAAGGCAGUGCAGUUUCCACUGUUGGCCAUGGUGGCCCGCACCUACCUGGCUGCUCCAGCAGUGGCAGGUAACGCUGCACAGGACUUUGUGCAGGAAGGAGUCUCAGCAGCUUUCAGGAAGAGAUCAAACAUUCCACCAGAAAAUUUGGAUGCUAUUCUUUUUCUGCAUCACAAUCACAUGCCCAAAAGUGAGAGCGUGGAGACGGCAGCUAGGAAUGAUGACAAGACCUGCGGGAGUGAAAAAGUCCAAUAAACCCUCAAACAUCCAUUUAUGUACAUAUUCUUUUGUGUCAUGUGCAUUUUGUUUUCAGUAGCGUUUGAAGGAAACCUCUCCACAAGGUUGAUCAUUUUACGGACAAGAAAUACAAUAUUUCAUCAGUUGUUGUGAUCAACUUGUGAAUCAACUUCAAUCGGACUCAUUUUAGGAGGAUUCUAGGAAAAAAAUACUGUCACGUCGUAGAUGAAAGUAGCAGAAAAAAGUUUACUCCUUGUUACUGUGGGUGUAGAAAAUAAACUGUAUUAUCCCCAAA